AUGGGGACUACAGUCGCCUAUGCCUGUGAAUCGCCUGAAGAGGGGCUGGUAGAGGGGGACCUAGAGCGCACGUGUAUGGGGGCAUUCAAUUGGUCAGGAUUAGAGCCUGUUUGCGGUGGCUGUCCAAUCCCUAUCUCUGACAGAAACUACACCACUCUAGUAAGAGACCAGUCGUUUGUAUACACCUACCCUGUCGGCCACACAGUGACAUACGAAUGCGCAAACAGCCGACUAGUGCACGUGGCCGGCGACCUCACGCGCACGUGUCUCACCGACUUGACGUGGUCUGGUUUGCAGCCUCGAUGUGGCGGCUGUCCCUUCCCUCCGCAUGGAAACCAAUCCAUUCACGACCUCAUCGAUAACGGCGAUCCUUUUGCCGUUGGAGACACCGUCUCUUAUCAGUGCCUGCCAGGUCUAUUGUCCACCAAUGGCGACACCAUUCGCACCUGCCUUGCCGACCGGACUUGGUCCGGGACACCCUUGUCCUGUUCCGGUUGCUCGCCACCCGCCAAUGAUGCACAGUCGCUUAGUUUAUACGAACCAGUCAAAGAAGAAUAUCAAUUAAGCGAAAUUAUUUCUUACUCUUGCAUUGGUUCUUAUGUUCCUAUACAGGGAGAAAUAACACGAACAUGUGGCUCUAACUUAGAAUGGACCGGAAAUGGUUCACUACUAUGUGCCGGGUGUCCGCCCCCAGAGAAUGGCACAUUGGCCACGUACAGCGCCCUGAACGUCACGCACUACGAAAUCGGAUACGUAGUGGAGUACAUGUGUCUUGAUGGGUUUGUUUGGGUGGAAGGGGUUUUAAAUUUCACGUGCAUGCCUUCUCUUAACUGGAAUAGCACAGCACCAACAUGUAAGGGAUGCGAUGCUCCAGAAAACGGUGCGCUUGCCAAACCAUUUGAUUUGGGGUCGGUUUUUAGAGUAGGUGAAACUGUUCGCUAUAGUUGCACUGAUGGCUUCUUCUUCUUCAGUGGAGAUAUGAACCGCACAUGCCUUGAUUCCCUAACGUGGUCUGGCGUCGCCCCUGAAUGCCGAGGAUGCACCUUGCCCGAAAUCGGGUAUCUUUCCAAUUACUCUCUGAGCGAAGGCCCAUAUUACCCAUUGGGUCAGGUCGUCAAGUACACUUGUCAAGAAGGAUUCCUGGCGAAAAAUGGGAGCCGCAAUCGAACUUGCAUAAUGGGCAGUGAUUUUGUGGGACCAAAUUGCUCUUGCACCAAUAUGUCAAAUGAUAAUGAGAAUGAAUUUUGCCCCAUUGUCUCCACCAAUCAGACCAUUCACUGUGCGGAGCGUGCAGUUUGGUCUGAAACCCCUCUACAAUGUGGCGGUUGCAAACCACCGUUCAACAAAAGAAGGACCGUCAUCAUGCCACAAAAGAACACAUACAGAAUAGGGGAGUCUGUAAAUUACACCUGCAAAGCAGGGUUUCAGCACACACUUGGAGACCUGACCCGCUAUUGCCAGGAAAGUCUCACGUGGUCCGGGAGAACGCCGACGUGCGCAGGGUGCAGUGCGCCAGAUGAUGCCGAUACCAGGGCCACCUACAGUCCAGCGUUAGAACCAAUGCACAUGUAUAGUGUAAAUGAGACCAUCACGUACAGCUGCGACCAAAACUUUGUUAAAGUGAAUGGAAGCGACAUGCGCACUUGUCAGUUUGAUCUAACCUGGUCAGGCUAUCCAAUGAGGUGUGGUGGAUGUGGCCUACCAGAGCUAGGAGCUAAUUCGACACACAGUUUCGCACAUUACAAUGUGACGUCAGUGUUUGAAAUAGGAACUGUGGUAACUUAUGAGUGUCUUAAGGGGCACGGUAAAAUUGGUGGAGAUUGGAACCGCACCUGUCUAUGGACUCUCGACUGGUCAGGGGACCCUUUGGUUUGCUCAGAAUCAACGACAGGACCAUCCACUGAUGUGACGUUUACAUCUACUUCGAGUGCCUCAGUCUCAUUAUGUGACGAACCGCCAAUUAUACCGCAUACGAAAGGUACCUUGGUGGACAGUGACAUUGGAACUGCUCCUACCGACCGGGUCGCCAUCUUUCGGUGCGAUGUGGGCUUCUGGUUUCAGGAAAAUAGGACCUAUGAACGGCACGUCAUGUGCAGUCACUGGCACACUGUCUCGCCUUGCACAGCGGUACAAUGCCCCCCUCCACCUGAAAGCGGUUCAGCUAUUCUACUGAGACAAACCCAAGAUCAAUACGAGUUCAACUCCACGGUGGAGUACCGCUGUCCUAAUGGCACCUAUCUCCCUGACGGCAGAAGAUCUCGGUUCUCAAGGUGCACUCAGAGAGGGGUGUGGUCGGCCUUCCCUCCUACAUGUACAGAAUCAACGACAGGACCAUCCACUGAUGUGACGUUUACAUCUACUUCGAGUGCCUCAGUCUCAUUAUGUGACGAACCGCCAAUUAUACCGCAUACGAAAGGUACCUUGGUGGACAGUGACAUUGGAACUGCUCCUACCGACCGUGUCGCCAUCUUUCGGUGUGAUGUGGGCUACUGGUUUCAGGAAAAUAGGACCUUUGAACGGCACGUCAUGUGCAGUCACUGGCACACUGUUUCGCCUUGCACAGCGGUACAAUGCCCCCCUCCACCUCAAAGCGGUUCAGUUAUUCUACUAAGACAUACCCAAGAGCAGUACGUGUUCAACUCCACGGUGGAGUACCGCUGUCCUAACGGCACCUAUCUCCCUGACGGCAGAAGAUCUCGGUUCUCAAGGUGCACUCAGAGAGGGGUGUGGUCGGCCUUCCCUCCUACAUGUACAGGACUCUAUAGAAGUCCUACAUGA